GUCAGGGGCAUAUGGUCAAGCUCCUGCACUCUCAGGAUUCAGUUGCCUCAGGUAACCUCCCCGUUUGGGUUAUGGAGAAUGUUCUCUCUUUUCUGAAUAGCCAUACUGAACCAUGGCUGAGCUUUGGCUCAACAUUCUUGGAUACAAACCCUGAGUUCGCUUGGCUGAGUGCAGCAGGGUUGCUCUUUCUGCCCUUGUGCUACCUGUUGCUGAAACCAUGGUUACCAACCCUCCAGAAAAACAAAGACAUCCAACAGCCACAGCUCAGAGCCAAAAGAAGCAGGAGAAGUGGAACAUUGAGAGGUCAGAGAACUUGCCAGAAAGAAGCAGAAGAGGGGAGGAAGCUGCUUUCUAUUCUGAAAAGCCCCCUGGGCCAGCACCGUGACAUCACGCACUUCCGACAGCUGCUGUGUCCAGACCCCCUCUGUGAGGUGUGUAACACCACAACAACUAACAUCAGUCGUCUUCUCUCUCGGGCAUCCCUGGAAGAUGCUGCUCACACUGUGUCUCAUUUGUCAGCCAUCACUUCUGUGACAAAGUCGUCACUCACUCAGACCUCUGUCAUCUCUGCAGAGCACCCAAUUCCAGCUUCAUUCACUGAGCAUACUCUGCCUCAGUCCUCCACUCUCCCCGCUUUCCAGGUCAUCCCUUUAGCAGACCCACUUUCACCCUUGGCACAAGACGACUCCGUGCCACAGGAGCCCAGUCCUCCCUUAGAUUCAAGAAUCCCAGUGGACCAGUUGCCAUCAGAGCCACUUGCCACAGCCUCAUGCCCACCACAUCGUACUCAAGAAAAGGAAACUGUUCUCCAACUAGAAGCCCCACCAUCACUUGAUGGCUCUGGUGUCUUGUCCACUGAUGACCUCAGUUUAGCGGAGGCCUCCUUUGGGGAACAUAGCACAGCUUCCCAGGUAAAACCUGGAUCCCCCAAAUCUCCCAGAUCUGUCCACCCUGCCCUCCUUGAGAGAGAUAUCAAGAAGAGAGAUGAUUUCCUGAUGUGCAGUGAACGAGAAAAGGGAGCAGAAUAUUUUGCAAGACGACAUGAGUCAGGCUACUCGCUGACUACUACAGGGAAAAGACCAGAGUUAGCUGCAGAUCAGCAGCACUCUGCACUCUCCCAUCCUCCUUCGAGCAGUGAAGGCAAACCAGAAGAGCUGCACAUGAGUCACAAGCUUGCAGGUCCUAAGAACUUGGAGGAUCACGUAGAUCCAAAAUGUAGCCAGAUCUGCCCUCUCCCAGGACUGCUUAGACAGUCACUGAGUCCUUUUGUCCAUACCUCACGUGACUGCCUCAGUGCAAUAUCCAACAUCUUCAAAGCCCCUGAAUCCCCAGGCCUUCCACACACACCUCUUCUUUCCUGGCCUGAGGUCCAACCUCUACCCUCGUCCCAUACUCUGCCCCAGGCUCAAGCUCACCAUCACCAUCUUGUACAGGCACAGGGUCAGCUUCUGUCCAUAACUGCAGUACUGCCAGAUCCUGCUCUAACCCAGAAUACAACCGGGGAAGUGUGUUUUCAAAGCACCCAGAGUGAGGCGCAGUCUCUCACACUCUCUGAAGUUCGCAACCUGGAUUAUAACAUGCUACAGAAAGUACAAAGUAGUGUGUGGGGUUUACCCUCUGUGGUUCAAAAAUACCAGGAAGACAUUGGUCCUCCAGUUCACAAGCUACUACUGGUCACCGAGUCCCCCAAAGAUCAGGUGCCCAUCUCUGGCCUUCCUAAAGAGUCCUUGAACAGUGAGAUGAGGAAGAAACUAGAGCACCAUCUUCACAGGAAUGUCAUCCAAUACCAGCAGGGCUUGUUCCCCAAAGCUCUCAAGUCUCCCCCGGCAGCAGGUCCUCAGACACAGUAUCCUGUGACCUCUGAGUCAAAGGGCAGCCAUGGAAUCAAUGCAGUCUCUUUGCUUAAGGGUCAGACCAGCAAAGAUCUGAAGAGUUUUGACUUGAGCCAAGCCAGCUUUCAUGAGAGGUUCCGAGAGAUGCCUCCUCUGAAGAAGGGAGUGGGGAAAAGACAGAGUCCCGAGACGGGUGACCCACAUGGGGUACCACAGUGUGUUCUGGGCUCUGACUCAGACACAGACCUGAAAAGUCACCUGAAGAGGCUCACAGGGAAAACUUCACAGGCAUCAUGUAUGAGCUUGAGAAAGAAACAACUUAUAACAGCCUUAGAAGUACAUUUGGGCAAGAAAUUUGAGGAAAUCAGUAAGGGUUGCAUCCCUGACAUUGUGCACAGAUCAAGGUAUUCUACCAACCUGACACUUUACUUACCUGAGAAAUCCCCCAAGCAAGUAAAAGACAGACGUCUGGCACCAUUUGAAGGUAAAGAUAGCUACCCGAAUAUCUCUCAGAAUAUUUCCUUCCUCAGCAACAAGAAACAAAAGAUAUUGGAAGAUCAUAUUAAAACUUUUCACAAUGGAAUAAGGUGGGGCCUUCCACACAAGGUCCAGAAAUCCACAGAAAUCUUCACAAGAAAGGCCUUACCCCAGGCACCUUCUGAUUCCCACAUUCUCUCAUCAGAUAAUAGUGUUUCUGGGGUGCAUCCUAAAAUUGAGGUCUGCAAACCCCAUAGAGAAAGCCCCAGUGCGCAAAAUAUGACCACACCGAAUUCAGUUUUGGAUCAUCCUUGUCCUGCUCCCUCACCUGUGGACAAGAAAGGACAGGGGACCCUGAGACGGUCACCUUCUUCUACCAGCCAGGAGCUUACUGAGGACCGCACACAGAUCUUUUCGACCCCAAGAGAUCACAUAGACAAAGCAAGUCAGCAGACUUUGCAAGCCAAGAGAAGCCCAACGCCACCCCCACGGCUGGCUGUCGUGGGCCCUGAGAUAAGGCAGAAAAGAAUGAGUUCUGGCAGUGUCAUAGAAAGGCAUCAGAGCAAAAUGACGAUGAAGUUAGAACACCUCCCUGUGUGUGACAAACCCAGGAGGACUUUCAAAGCACAGGAGCUCCAUGUUCGGCAGUCACAGCCCAGAACCGUCCUGAUGAGCAGUAAGUCAGAGCACGUCCCAGUGCGAGAUGUGAGUCCAAGAAAACCAGAAACUUCCCUGACCACGAAGAGAGCUCCACGAAGAACAGCAGUUCCCCAGGACCUCAAGUCAUCAGGCUUUAAAACUCAGCAGCUUAGGGAACCGACGUGUGAAAUGGAGAGCGUGGAGCAGAGCCAGGCUCAGAGCCUCCCCACUAAUGUGUCCCUUGCCUCCAAUGACUUCAGCCUCAAGACCUUAUUCCGUCAUGACAAAGGUGCCCCCUGUGAGGGCAUGGUGACUUCACUGAAGGGACAGCCUCCUCCUGAAAAUAUUUUUAAAAGAAAGAUAAAAUACUUUUUCCAAUGGCUUUAUUCUAGUAUGAAACAUAUAGGGCAAGAAAGCUCCAAGGGGAAGACCGGUGCCUCAUCCUCCUGUGUGCAGGGCAGGCGCCCGGGGAGAGGGCGAGCUGGACUGCCUGGGAACUCCAGAGAUUGGAAAGUCAGCAGAGUCUUUGCAAGGUUCUUUCACCAGAAUUCGGAGGGAGAACGUUUUCUUCCCUGCAAAUGAUUUCUGCCUUGUUGAAAAGUGUUCCCAAUAAAAGUCCUAAUAAA